GGAAAUACAUGUACAGAAUAUUACUGCAAACAGCUACCUAUAAAAUCUGUUUAAUGGCUAAUUUAUGGUAAUUUGACACAUUUUUAGGUUAGGAAUAGGAGAUCAUUUGAACUUGUACAGGUGGAUCAGUCCACGCCAAAUCUCCGAAUGCCCCGCUCCACCAUCUCACAUUUGACUGAAAACAUUCUAGGAAGUUCACACACUUUCAAAUGAGAAAAGUCCCACAUUUUAGCUCCCAACUCCUUAUAGUUUCGUCCUUAAAAAUAUUUUGUCAAGUCUCCCCUGACAUGUUUUGAGCAGAGUGUAGUGACUAUUUGUCAAAUAAAAGUAACAAACAAAAGCGUGGGCAAACUCAGAACUAAACAUAACUCAAAUAAUUACCUUUGGGCACCAUGGGUAUGUGGUUUUACAAAUCAAUGUCCAUGACUAGAGAUGAUUUUCCAAGAUUUAUUUUCCAGUUUUUUGGCAAGCAACAAGGAAUACAUGUUUAAGGCGACUCCUGCUGCCUCUCCUCGUGACUGGCAAAAAACCAUAGGCCCACCCAGGUGCACUCUGGUCUACGUGUACCACCCUCCGAAACACGAAAACCAGUCAGAUGAAGACGUGGAUCACCAAUCUGACCAGUGAGAGGGACGAGCUGAAGAAGAGACACGCAUACCUCAGGUGCAUCAUGGAGAUUAAAAGGAGCCAUGAAAAAUGUGUCAGAUUUGGAAACAGCAUAUAUCUGGUUUCACAAAUGGGAAAGAACUGGAUGGACAGCAAAGAGGAGUGUGAGAAGCUCGGGGCCAGUCUGGUGAUCAUCUCCAGCCCAGAGGAGCAGACUUUUGUGAGUGAGUUGACUCCUCAGAGUGUGUGGAUCGGUCUGACAGACAGAGAAACAGAGGGCGUGUGGAAAUGGGUGAACGGAGAAGCAGUAAACACCACGUACUGGGGACCCUAUCAGCCAGAUAACUGGAGAGAAGAAGACUGUGUACUGAUUUCUAAGAAUGUUAAAAUGUGGAAUGACGUAAAAUGCAGUAAUAACAGACACUUUAUCUGUGAGAAACUGAUUUCUGAUGUGUGCAAACAUGGACAACUGGACAUUCUGAUUCUGACGAUUCUGGUGACUGCUCUGGUCUUUGUGGGGGACAGCUAUGUUCUUAAAGUCUAUGAUUUUAGUCCAAAACUUGAGGAAGAAUUCCAUCUGGACAACUGAGAGAUUACAUAGACAUUACACACAUUAUUGCUUUGUUUCAUGAAAAGUAGAGCUGCACAAUCACAGUCACAGUUUGUUUAAUAUCUAUGUUGAUGAGCUGUCUGUGCAUCUGAAUGAAUGUAAAACUAGAUGUUUUGCUGGUGAUUAUCUCUAUAACCAUUUACUGUAGCAGUGUGAGCUGUACAGGCCAAUAUGCUCGUCCGUGAGUUCUCCAUGUGCUCCAGUGAUGUCAAAAUUGCACUUUUUAAAUGCUUUUGCCCUUGUUUACUGCGCAUCUUUGCAAACUCUUUUUCUUGUAGUUGUGUCAGAGUUUCACAGUGGUUUAUAACAACUCUUUGAGAAUAUUACUGCAAGUGCCGAAGUUCUGCCAAGGAUGUUUGUAUUUAUUCAUUUAUGUGUAGAGCCUUGAAUUUGAGCACUCAAGUCACUGAAGCUCUAGUGCGUCCUGUGAGGAGCUGUCACUUUCACCUCUGAGCUGUGGAGACAUUGGCGGUCUUGUCUGUAAACAUUAUAACAUGCACUGGAUGUUUAAUUUUUUUAUUCUUACUAUUUUUUAUUCUUACUUUUUUUUUAAACUAUGAAACAGAUAUUAUGUGUUCUUAAUAAAGACUGAACCUAGGGAA